AUGCCGGCAACGCACAUGCCUCGUGGCACUUGUGACCCCUCCAUCAUGUUGAGAGACGUGCCGGCCCUUCCGCCGCACGACACAGCAGAGUUCCUUGGUGGGGUCGCUGUUUGGCGACGAUGCACCGGCGGCGACAAUGGCAUCGAGGAGACCCUCUGCUAUGGUCUUGAAAAGCACCUUGUCGUCUUGGCCGCCAAGCCGCUUAUCUUUCGGCUGUCCCUUGCCGACAGCAGCACCCACAACCCACCGGCCAGCUUUAAGGGACUCGCCAUCCUUACCCUUUGCUGGUCCUACAUUGUGUCGACGAAACUCCUUGAACUCCAGGGCCGGAGGGCGGCCUAUACCAAGGCCUGUCUACUGCCGAGACGUGCUGUCGACUACACCCCACGCGCCAAUGACUAUGUACUCGAUAUGCGGGGAGACGGAGGAAGCGGAGGCGGAGACACGAGCAGCGGCACCACGGCGACGGCCGACACGGGCGGCUCCUACACGGACGGCCCGUACACCGCGCCGGAGUACCAGACUUAG